AUGACAUUAGCUUCUGCUGAUCGUUUUCUUAGAGAUCCUCCUCCUACUUCAAUCAAUCGUUAUCGACAUCCAUCAUACUAUCAUGAUGAUGACGAGUAUUUUGAUGGGCCCACAGUCGGUGUGUUGAAAGAAUACAACGCUUCCGAAAACAAUGAAAUCCUCAUCAGCUACUUGUCGGCUGUGUCUAGAGUUCCCAAGAAUAUGGAGGCCGUCUUGAAAAUUCUUUCAGAAUCCAAGAUGUCCUCCGAAUCUUCUUCUGAUCACGAAAAAUAUUCAAAUUCUAUUCAUUCUCUCUCUAAUUGUUUUCGCACAGACUUUGACGGGUCAAUGAUCUCGGGUGCUUUACAAGUAGCGAUUGAUGAAAUCAAUGCCUCCAACGAUAUUCUCCCCAAUCACAAACUGACUUACACAUUUGAAAAUACUUGCGGUGAUGAACGAAGAAGCACUAAGUUCUUUAUGAAACAUUGGAAGGAGGGAGCUCGUGUCUUCAUAGGUCCUGAAUUGAAUUGCCGAACAGAAGCUCAGAUGGCUGCUGCUCAGAAUCUCCCAAUCAUUUCAUACAAAUGUAGAGAUCAGACUGUUUCUGAUAAAUCGAAGUACAAUACCUUCACAAGAACUGUCCCAGCCGAGACAGAUAUAACCAAGACGUUCAUAUCAUUAAUGCGAGAGUUCAAUUGGAAAACGUUUGCUGUAAUAUACGAAGACUUAACUCAAAAUAACGAAAUGCUUCUUGCUAUUCGAAGAGCCAUUGAAGAAGAGAAUGUUCGAGUUCCUGAAGGCGAGAAUAAGUAUAUGAUUAACAAUGUUUCAAUUGUUCCAACAUUCUCAGAAAUCAAAUCUGAGAAACUUGUAGACAGCAUUAUCCAAGACACAAAGGACACUACUAGAAUUUACUUAACAUUUGGUAACGUCAGGAUGUUCCGAAAGAUUCUAUUCGUCAUGGGUCAACGAGGAUUGAUGGAUAAACAAGACUAUCUUCUUAUUUACCUCGAUACUGAUUAUAAUUGGCUGAAUGUUUAUCAUGCUAUGAAUAAUCAUUUCGUCAGAAAUACUAUGAUUGAUUUGUCAUCUUCAUGGGAUUUUCCGAACUCAUCCGAUCGCAAAGUUGCUGAAUAUCUUCGAAAUGCUUUAGCAAUCAUCCCGAGUCCUGUUCGUCUGGAUUCUGAGCGUUUUUCAAAGUUCUGGCAGUCUGCUAAUCAACAUCUUAUAAACUUUGGAGUUCAAAAAGAUCCUAUAGCGCAUAAUUGGUCUAUUAAGGUGAAUAGAUUCGCUUGUUAUCUCUACGACGCUGUUUAUCUCUAUGCGACUGCUUUGAAUGAGCUUUUGUCGGAUACGGUUGAAGAACAGGCUCGUGGAUAUGAUCCAACACGUGACGGAGACGCAAUUACUCGAAGAAUCAUUGGACGGAGAUAUGACAGUAUGCAGGGAUUCGCUAUGAGAAUUAAUGAUUUCGGAGACGCUAAAGGAAACUACACUCUUUUGAGUUGGCAGGCUGUUCAACCUGUUAUGAACAAAGACAAUGCUGAUUAUUAUCCUCUUGAUCAUGCCCUAGACAUCACAGCAGUCUUCGUUGAAGAUUCAUCUAGCGAUGGGCGUCCUCCUCGAUUAGACUUCAAAAAGCCCAUAAAAUGGUUCAAUGGACUUCCCAAAGAUCGACCGGAGUGUGGUUUUCAUGGAGAGUUAUGUAGUCAUGGAGGAUAUAUAUCUCUGAUAGUACUGUUGGUUCUAUCAAUCAUCGUCUUUGGUUUUACGUUGAUAACCUCUUUCGCGUACAGAAGUCGAAGAUUUGAGAAAGAAUUACAUUCUAUUUGGAAAAUAGAGCCACGUGAGAUACAAAGAGUCACCAAGAAGUCUGGUUCGACUACUUCAUUGUUUGUCGAGGGCAAAGAGUAUUUUGAUCAAUCAUGUUUCACCGAAACCGACAAAAAGUUUGUUCGAGAUGUUGCUCAUUACAAAGGUUCUAUCGUCUUCCUGAAAGAAAUCAAUUAUGGGAGAAAAACUAAAGAGUUGACUCGACAAAUGAAGAUAGAAAUGAGAAUGUUGAGGCAGUUAGCUCAUCCGAACAUCAAUACGUUUAUGGGUAUUAUCACUUGUGCCCAUUCUAUCUGUGUUGUACGAGAAUUCUGUGCUCGUGGCUCUUUGAUGGACUUACUACUUAAUAAGGAUAUGAAGCUCGAUGAGAUAUUCAUCGUUUCUUUCAUUGAUGAUCUUGUUCGAGGAAUGACUUAUCUUCACGAAUCGGAGCUGAAGGUUCAUGGAAAUUUGAAGAGCACGAACUGUCUCAUUACUUCUCGUUGGAUGCUUCAAGUUGCUGACUUUGGCUUGGGUGAACUUAGAGACGGAAGAGAAUGGGAUAGUGGACAGGCAUUCUGGGAAAAUCAAAUUUGGACUGCCCCAGAACAUCUCAGAGACAGUUUGUUCGGACAGCAAUCGUUCAAACCAACACAGAAAGGAGACGUUUAUGCUUUCGCAAUCAUUCUCCAUGAGAUUGCUCUCCGCCUGGGUCCUUUCCGCAUUUUUGAAGCUGGAGCGCCAUCAGUAGAAGAAGUAGUACGACAAGUGUCAGAUUGCUAUCUUCGACCUGUUAUUCAUAGCACCGACAUUACCAAAGGAGUCCUGGAAACGAUGAGACAAUGCUGGGAUGAAGUUCCGGAAAAUCGACCUGAUUUCCGGUCUGGCAUCCGCAAUGGAUUACGCGAGCUUUUCGUUAAGCAAAAGAAGCGUAACAUUAUGGAUCAUAUGAUGGACUUGAUGGAAAACUAUCAGAUAACGUUAGAAAAGAAAGUAUUCGAAAGAACUAAGCAGUUACAUGAAGAACAACAACGUAGUGAAAACCUUCUACAACGGAUGCUUCCUGCAUCUGUCGCUCAGCAACUCCUCUUAGGGAAUAAUGUUGUACCAGAGUGUUUCCCAUCCGUUACUAUCUAUUUCUCGGAUAUCGUGGGUUUCACACGGAUUUCCGGGGAAUCGACGCCUCUGCAAGUUGUGGCCUUCCUCAAUAAGCUAUACACCCUCUUCGAUAAUAUCAUCAAGCAAUAUGAUGUGUAUAAAGUGGAAACUAUUGGUGAUGCAUAUAUGGUCGUGUCCGGUGUUCCCGAAUAUCGAACCGAGGUGUAUCAUGCAGAGCAGAUAGGAAUGAUGGCGUUGCACCUCUUGUCGGCUGUUCGUAAUUUCAUGAUACCUCAUCGUCCGGAGGAACAGUUGAUGCUACGUAUAGGCAUACAUUCUGGAAGUUGCGUGGCAGGAGUUGUAGGAAACACGAUGCCGAGGUAUUGUUUGUUCGGUGACACUGUUAAUACUGCAAGUCGUAUGGAAAGUAAUGGAGAACCUUUGAAAAUUCAUUGUUCUCAAAGUACAAGAAAUGUUCUGACCACCAUACCAGGCUUUAUUCUUGCAGAGAGAGGAACAGUGGAGAUCAAGGGAAAAGGAACUAUGACCACUUAUUGGCUGUUAGGAAGAUAUGGAGCAGAGUUCUCAACUGACUACGAGAAAGAACAAACCUUCGACAUAACUCAACUGAUAGCUCCAGACCUUUUCCCAAGAAAUGCCAGCUUCCGUCCAACUAUCCGGGGCUCUACUUGGGGUCUAAACAGAGACUCCACUCUCUCGUUAAUUCAAAAGGAUUCGUCUUUCUUCAAACGUAUCGAUAGGUCCAUUUCCAGAGUAGGAUCAAUUUUCCAGGAUCCCAUAUCAAUGUAUUAUUCAAGUCAGAACGGUGGAAUGGUUUCUAUUGGAAGUUCAUACAAAGAGUUGACCUCAGUAAAUGAAGAAAAUGAUUUUCUUUCGAACAACAACAACAUGAGCCGUAGUCGAAGACCGUUCGGAAAAACCCAUGUAUCGCGAGCUCUUGACAGUAAGGACGUAGCUCUACGUAAAAGAUCUACUUCAUUGCCUGAUGGCGAGUCUUUGAACUUGGAUCAGCUCAUUCAACCUAACUCCACUGCACCAGUAUCCUCUUCGUUAUCUAGAAGAAAUGCUGACUCCCAUUCGUUGAAUUCUGACUCACCUUCUCCUAGUCAAUAUCCUUCCUACAGAGAUUUAACGAAUGUUCAAAGAAAACGUGGUAUGAGGAUGACAGUCUGGCCUUCCAGAAAACGUUCUCUAUCCGUCGGUGACAACUUGCAAAUGCCAACAAGUUUUGAUGAAAUUGCUGGCAAUGGAACUGAACACUUGAUUGAUGGACGAACCAAACGACGUCCGAUGAGACGGUUUCUAAGCAAAGAGAGAAAGUCUGUUAUGUCUCUGCAUCAAAGCCUUUUGCGAGAUCCAUCACCGUUUUCAAGACUACGCGAAGCUUCUCCCUUCGGCCGACAUAGAAAAUCUAUUUGGGGCUCAAGAACUUCUAAUGACAGAGUUAGAGGAGAUUCCAUCUCACGUCUCUGGCGUCGCUUGCGGAGUAAUGGAUGUAGCGAGUAUAGUGGGCUAGAAGACGAUAUGAACGGUAACGUAUUCACAAUUGAAUCAGCUAACGGUUCAAUGAAGAGUAGUCAAGAUCCUUUUCCAAUAGAAGACACUGAAGAUGCGUCAGAGCCAUUGAUUGAAUUGAAAGCAGAACUCAUGGUCUGA